AUGUUCACUCUCGAUACUGACGAGGACCCCUCGUGGGUAACCGACCUGGAGGCUGCUCUGCAAGACGACCCAGUGACCGAUGACGACGAGAAGAAGAACGGCCCCCAGUCCCCACAAGCCAUUCUCCAGCAAGUGAUGACAACUAGCCCGGGUACUUCGCUUUUAUCGUCUAUCUCAGGAUAUCAACCCAGCGUCGGCCAGCCCUAUCGUGAAAUCGGAUCCAGUGCCAACAGCAAAGUAUUCGAGCAGCCAGGUACCCCGUGGGCGUUCAAGAUCCUCCUUGUCGACGAGGCCCUAACGCUAUGGAACAACUACACUAUGCAAAUGAGGGUUUACGACAGUUUUGAUGGGGUUGACAAGUUCGUCAAAACGGCUGUCGCAGUCCCUCGGGCAGUCUGGUUUGCAAACAAAACCUCGGAGUUCUGGCGCACAAAUUUGGAGCUCUUCCCCGAUGAUCCUCGAUUUCCACGCCAGGCGCGCAAUGUUCUCUGUAUGGAACGCAUUCCUCCUCUCCCUCAAGCGGUUCGUGACGCGCUGGUUGACCUCUUCUGCGACCGCUGGAGCAUUUCGGCUGCUAAAAGCGACCCGUCCAAUGCCGACUGUCUGGUGCAUGUCCUGUUGGGCAGCAAACAUGAUACUGCAGCGCGCCCCGGAUCCUACUUGUUCAGUCUUCGCAACUUCAGUCUUCGCAACUUCAGACUUCACAGUGAUCAGAUUGAACGACUCCGUCUUGACGCGUCCGCCUUGGCCGCCACAAUGGCAGAUGCCCUCGCGCUUCUUCACUGGCAGGCUAAGGUUGAUGGCAUGGGCGUCGAGUUCGUCCUUGGAAGCGCCCGUCCUACGAAAGACCACACAUCCAUCCCAAGCCACUCGCAUCUUCCAGGAUUGCACCGUCUAUCGCCGGGUACCAGUACCUUCGAGCUGGUAGUCAAUCCAUCCAUGCACAUUCCGCGCACCGACAGCCUGUAG